UACAGCACCGUCAUCAUCAUCAACAUGGCUGCCGCAGACCAAGAAAUCCACGUCGGCGCAGUUCGUCCUCGUUCCUACCAAGACGAGAGCUAUCAGCACGGGUUUCUUGGAACUGUGGGUGACUUACAGAAGGAAGGGGAACUGCAGGAUGUCGUCCUUGAAGUCGAGGGCCGGCGGUUUCCCUGCCAUCGGCUUGUUCUGUCCGCGGCCAGCCCCUACUUCAGAGCCAUGUUUACAAGUGACAUGGCGGAAAGUCGGCAGAACACGGUUGUUUUACAGGGUUUGGAUCCAGACAUAUUUGAGGAGAUCCUGAGUUACAUCUACUCGGGAACCCUCCAUGUGUCCCUGGACAGAGUGCAGCCCCUGUACCAGGCAGCCGACCUCCUCCAACUGGACUAUGUGAGAGACACCUGCAGCAGCUACAUGGCCAUGAACGUGGAGUGCUCCACCUAUGUGAACCUGUACAAGUUCGCUCAUGUUUUCAGGGUGGAUGUUGUUCUGAACUCUUGUCUGCAGUAUAUAUGUGGACACUUUGUGGAGGUUUCCUCCAGUGAGGAGUUCUGCAGCCUGAGUGUGGAUCAGCUGACUGAGAUCAUCAGCCAGGAUAAGCUGGAGGUUGAUAAAGAGACAAGAGUGUGGGAGGCUGUGGUGAGAUGGGUGCAGCACAGCAGGGAGGACAGACUUCAGCACCUACCCAGCAUCCUCCCUCGCAUCCGCUUCAACCUGCUGACCUCAGACGACACGGCAGCCAUCUUGGAUCACCCCCUGGUCAGGGAGGAUCGUGGGAGUUCUGAGGUCAUCAGAAAUAUCAUCACCCCGAAGCCAAGGUUUGGGAUGACCACAGAAAUGGUUCUGCUGUACCAUGAAGACUCAAAUGAGGUAAUGUGGAUGAACCCAGGAGAGACGAAGUUCAUCAGGUGUCACUACAACCUAUUUCCUGUUAGGUGUACCAUUACUCCUGACAAUGAGAUCUAUGUCUUAGCUUACAUUGAAGGUUCAGAUGACGUUAUCCUGCAUAAGUACAACCAUAUGGAGGACAAAUGGGAACAAAAAUCAACGAGCUAUCAGCACGGGUUUCUUGGAGCUGUGGGUGACUUACAGAAGGAAGGGGAACUGCAGGAUGUCGUCCUUGAAGUCGAGGGCCGGCGGUUUCCCUGCCAUCGGCUUGUUCUGUCCGCGGCCAGCCCCUACUUCAGAGCCAUGUUUACAAGCGACAUGGCGGAAAGUCGGCAGCAAACAGUUGUUUUACAGGGUUUGGAUGCAGACAUGUUCGAGGAGAUCCUGAGUUACAUCUACUCGGGAACCCUCCAUGUGUCCCUGGACAGAGUGCAGCCCCUGUACCAGGCAGCCGACCUCCUGCAGCUGGACUAUGUGAGAGACACCUGCAGCAGCUACAUGGCCAUGAACGUGGAGCGCUCCACCUGUGUGGACCUGUACAAGUUUGCUGAUGUCUUCAUGGUGGAUGUUGUUCUGAACUGUUGUCUGCAGUAUAUAUGUCAGCAUUUUGUGGAGGUUUCCUCCAGUGAGGAGUUCUGCAGCCUGAGUGUGGAUCAGCUGACUGAGAUCAUCAGCCAGGAUAAGCUGGAGGUUAAAGAGGAGACAAGAGUGUGGGAGGCUGUGGUGAGAUGGGUGCAGCACAGCAGGGAGGACAGACUGCAGCACCUACCCAGCAUCCUCCCUCAUAUCCGCUUCAACCUGCUGACCUCAGACGACACGGCAGGCAUCUUGGAACACCCCCUGGUUAGGGAGGAUCAUGGGAGUUGUGAGGUCAUCGGGAAUGUGGAACAAUUCGGUCACCCCAAUCGGAAGCCAAGGCUUGGGAUGACCACGGAAAUGGUUCUGCUGUCUGAUUCAUUAAACAGUAAUGAGAUGCUGUGGAUGAAUCCAAGAGAAGGGAAGUACAUCAGGUGUCACUACAACCCACGUGUACUUCCACUUCUAGGUACUGUUACGCAUGAUAAUGAUAUCUAUAUCUUAGCUUAUGAAAAUUUAGAAGAGAAAAUAACCCUGUAUAAGUACAACCAUGUUCAGAACAAAUGGGAACGAAAGUCUACUGUGUAUGAAGAACUUGAAGAGACAGGCGAUAUGCAACACGAUGACUACCUGAUGGAAAUCGAUGGCCAUCUUUUUCACCUUCUUCUUACAUGGGAAGUGGUGGUGUUGAAGAAGUACAAUCAGCACACCAAUGAGUGGCACAACUGUUCAACACCUCAGCAUGAUAGUAUGUCAGACUUUAGUAUAGCAGUGUCCUGUAGUCAGCACAUCUAUGUCAUCACACAGAGGGAAAUACAUUGGUACGACCCAAGGGAAGACCAGUGGACUGGUAAACCCCUGUCAGACUACAGUCUUGAAGUGGAAGAACAAUUCUGUGCAGCAGUUGGCAUGGGAACAGAGAUCUUCUGCAUGGAUUAUGACUUCAAGAAGACAUUGGUGUAUGACACACAGGCAGACAGCUGGGUUAGUCACCCAGGGUUUCCGAGUAAAGGUCAGGACAUUGUCAUUGAUAACUGCACUCUCUUUGUGCUCCAAAACCAGUUGCAUGCAUUGGUAGAGUACGGCGAUUACUCACGUCGAGGCCAGUACAAACGGCUUCAGCAUAUUUUCGUGUAUGACAGGUCAGAAGAUGUUUGGAGAGAGUACAGCACCUUCAUCAUCAUCAACAUGGCUGCCGCGCACCAAGAAACCCACGCCAGCUCAGUUCGUCCUCGUUCCUACCAAGACGAGAGCUAUCAGCGUGGGUUUCUUGGAGCUGUGGGUGACUUACAGAAGGAAGGGGAACUGCAGGAUGUCGUCCUUGAAGUCGAGGGCCGGCGGUUUCCCUGCCAUCGGCUUGUUCUGUCCACAGCCAGCCCCUACUUCAGAGCCAUGUUUACAAGCGACAUGGCGGAAAGUCGGCAGAACACGGUUGUUUUGCAGGGUUUGGAUGCAGACAUGUUUGAGGAGAUCCUGAGUUACAUCUACUCGGGAACCCUCCAUGUGUCCCUGGACAGAGUGCAGCCCCUGUACCAGGCAGCCGACCUCCUCCAACUGGACUAUGUGAGAGACACCUGCAGCAGCUACAUGGCCAUGAACGUGGAGCGCUCCACCUGUGUGGACCUGUACAAGUUUGCUGAGGUCUUCUCUGUCAGGAAUAUCCUGAAUCCCUGUCUGCAGUAUAUCGUCAAGAACUUUACUGAGGUUUCCUCCAGUGAGGAGUUCUACAGCCUGAGUGUGGAUCAGCUGACUGAGAUCAUCAGCCAGGAUAAGCUGGAGGUUAAAGAGGAGACAAGAGUGUGGGAGGCUGUGGUGAGAUGGGUGCAGCACAGCAGGGAGGACAGACUGCAGCACCUACCCAGCAUCCUCCCUCACAUCCGCUUCAACCUGCUGACCUCAGACGACACGGCAGCCAUCUUGGAACAUCCCGUGGUCAGGGAGGAUCAUGGGACUUCUGAGGUCAUCAGGAAUCUGGUUCAGACGAGGAACCCGAAGCUUAGGCCGAGGCUUGGGAUGACCACAGAAAUGGUUCUGCUGUCCAACAUAGAGACAAUGGAGGAUGAGAUCCUGUACAUGAACCCACAGGAAGGGAUGUACAUCAGCUGCACUGAAGACAUACCUGAUGGAACACUGAUAACAGUCACCAAGGAUAAUGAUAUUUAUGGCCUUAUUAAUGGGAGAGGUGAGGAAUAUUAUCAGUUGUCAAUGUUGAAGUACAACCAUGUAGAUAAUGUGUGGGAAGAUGCUGAUAUGUCCUCAGUAUCUGCGUACCAGAGGGAAUACUCGGGUAUGUUUACUCAACAGGAUGAGUGCCUUCUUGAAGUGGAUGGGAUUUUAUAUUACCUUGCUGCUGAUCUAGGAGAAGUCAGUGCGUUGGUGCGGAUGAAAAAGUAUGACCAGCGUACAGACCAGUGGCAGGAGUGUUCACAGCUACUACUUGAAGGAAAAUGGGAUCACAGCACUGCUUUAUCCUGUGGCUCAUACAUCUAUUUCCUCACGGACUCAGCGAUGUAUCACUACAAUCCCAGCCAGGACUGUUGGUGCAAGAGAACUCCACCAAACCUUUGGUGUGAUAGCCGAUGGAUCAUUGCUGCUGCCUUGGGAACAGAGAUUUUCUGCACAAAUUAUACCUUCUCCGAGGCCAUGGUGUACAACACAGAGUCUGAUUGCUGGCAGAAACUGCCAAGCUGGCCAAACCAAGGGAACCGUUCUGUUGAGUUUCUUCCUAACUUUUUCGUAUUGGACAAUCAGGUGCAUAUAUUGUUAGAGACCUAUGACGGUGACAAACCCCUUGGGUCAUCAUGUGACUAUCUGGUAUAUGUGUACGACAGGGCUGCUGAUGUCUGGAGAGACUUGAAGGCCACCCUGCCUAACAUUAAAAAGCAGUAUCAUGUACGUCACCCCAUGUGCCCUGUGGCACGUAUCUACAUACCAUAUCUGAAGGGGGCACAAAAACACAUCACCUGUUAUGGAUUUAAGCCAUGUUAGGAGCACACAUAAUCAUUGGUGAAACUAGUGAUGUGAACUCAAACCAGCAAACCUGUCGCUGAAGAAUCUGUGUGUGGACUGUUCUUGUGUGGACACACAGAAUACAGUAUGCAGGACUGGUCAAUGACAUUUUCUUUAUAUCUUAGCUUUUGCCAAAACCCCCUCACAAUGGGACAGAUCUUGUAGUACAUUGUAUUUGUUAGUGGCACUUUCAUUUCUGACACAAACCCUUCCUUCAUUUUUAGAGAGAAAUGACAUGUUUCCAGGACUGGCCUGAUGUUCUGUAUCUUUGAGUAUAACAGGAAUAAUUACCCGGCCAUGGCCAGGUGGCCAGCUUGAAGAGGUGGUCACCUUGGCAGGCUUAACUGUACUAGUACUUGAUG